GCCGGGUGGGUGGGGUUUGACUGUGGAGUGGAACUAUCGUUGUGUCCUGUCCAAUCUCUUGUUUACAUUGACUUGCGUAUCCUUUUGGUGUUUUUUGCGAUUGAUGAACUGCAUAGUGGACUGUGGAUUGAAUUGAUCUUUGAUCUCUUACCUGCUGAGUAAAAAAAAUAUUGGAGUUAAUGAUAUGCUAUAUUUUGCUUUAUCAUAUUCUUCUUCUCAUUCUGACUUGUGGUGAUUUUUGUGCUCUAAUCACUGCCACUUGGUUAUCUAUAUUUGAAUGUUCUGAUUGAUGCUGCUGGUGUCUUUGAGUAAAUUGGACGUGACACCAGGCCCGGCCCUGUGCCGGUCCAAAAUGGGACUCAGCACAGGACCUCACAUUAUAUGGGGCCUCAAAUUUUGAAAAAAAAAAAAACUUUUCUCUCUCCUCACUGAAAUCGCAGUGAUACUCUUCUCUCUCUCUUUACUGAAUUAUUGUACAGUCUAUUCUCUAUCUCCUUACUUUUUUCCCCCUAAUACCUGUGAACUUUCUAUCUCCCUCCUUACCUCUUUUUCUCUCUCACAAGCUAUGUUCAAGACAACCACUAGGAUCAAAAAUCUGGAUUGCCGACCUUUUGAGCGAAAAGGAAAUUUGAUCAAGGCAGGAUAUGAAGAAGAUUUUCUGUAACAGCUCAUGGGAUUGCGACACACGCCACUGCUGCUAAUGAUUGUUGGCAUACAUAGGAUAUGAAGGAGGAAGACAAGAGGGAAUUAAUAUGAUAAGCUUACUAGAAUUCUUUAUAGCUCUUAAGUUGGUCUUCAUGUUUGUCUAAUACAUAUUGUAUCUUGCAAGUUGAAACUGCUAACUAAUUCUAUUUGAUUUCAUCAAUUAUUGAAGAGGUCUUGCUAUUCUUUUAUUAAGUAGUACUGCCAGUUCAAUGAUGAAUGAACUAAAAUUAUGCCUUUCACCAUUGCACUUUUUUGUUAAUGUCUACUUGUGUAGUAGUUCAGUAGUUCUCUUUGCCGAAUAUAACUUCAAAACUUUAGAUGAUUUAGCUUUAAUGUGCUAUACACACAAUUCAUAUGCUAUACCUGUCAAGAAAGUUGGCUAAAAAAUUAUGAUGAUUGAUGAUAAUCCGUCACUCGCUCAAAGUCUUUUAUGGUAGCUUCAAUGCCAUGUGCUUGUGCCUUGGAAUUUUUUUGAAACAAUUUAGAACCCGUAAGAUAGAUUUUAUAGGGCCUAUUUUUCGACAGCAGCACAGGGCCUCAAUAUUGUAUGGACCGGGGCUGGUUGCCUCAUUCCCAUUGAACUUAGGGUUGGUAUUGAACUAAUUAAUUUGAUCCUGUUGAGCUUGUACCAGAAUUUUGUUUUAUUGACUGGCUAAAUAGUGGUUGGCCUCUCUUCUAGGGAGUUAUCUAAGUUUGAUGUUAUACAUUCUUUUUCUCUUCCCAGCUGAUGAAUAAAUGAUAAGCAGGAUUAACAGCAGCUUAAAUGUCAUUAAAGUUAUUAUCCUGUAACCAGUGGGUUCACCUUCAAAGCCCGGUGUCUUUUUUACCAACAGCAAAAGGAAGUCGUACAGAAGUUGCACCUCGAUAUUUUAACCCACCAAAAAGUAUUCAACUUAAGCGCCUGUCACCAAGCUUGUGCUUUCCUAUGGAUCAGAAAAGCGUGCAUGAGGGUGCCUUUGGUGUGGGUCAGAAGGAUGGUGUGAUUAUCGUGGAUCACGGAUCUCGCCGGAAAGAGUCUAAUAUCUUACUGAAUGAAUUUGUGCUAAUGUUUAAAAGCAGAACUGGAUACCCCAUUGUUGAGCCUGCUCAUAUGGAAUUGGCAGAGCCAUCUAUAAAAGAUGCUUUUGAUUUAUGUGUCCAGCAAGGGGCAAAUCGUGUUAUCAUAAGCCCAUUCUUCCUCUUUCCAGGACGCCAUUGGCAUCAGGAUAUCCCUGUGCUUGCAGGUGCUGCUGCAUUAGAGCACCCUGGUAUCAACUAUCUUGUCACUGCACCGCUGGGUCUGCAUGAGUUGCUUGUGGAUGUUGUGAAGGACAGAAUUGACUAUUGCUUAAGCCAUGUGGCUGGACAAGUAGAGGAAUGUGCAGUCUGUGCCGGAACCGGCAGGUGUAAGUUUAAAGUGCAGAACUCUGAAAUGUAGCGUCUUCCUGCUAAUUUGGUGAGUGAAGCACGUCACGAACUUUUAUGGAUCAAGCUGAAAGAAGCGUCUUUAGACCAUCAACUGCUGUCUGUAAGAGUUUAGGCUUGGGAGGUCCAUGUGCAUUGCCAAAUUACAUAUACUUACUGCAUGAGAAAGACAUUAUUGCACACCAUACCUCAUGGUUGCUAACAACCUGAACUGAGUACCUUGUUCUCAUAGCUCUAUGACGAUUUAUCCCGAGUGGAACACUUGAUAAAUGAGUAUGUAUCGCAAAAUUAUACAUCAUGACAUUGACAAUUGUUCCGAGAAUGCAGAAGAUCUCGUGGUGAGAAAUUUAGCAUCCUAUUUGAGGAUUUAUUUUUCUUCUAAAAUGCAACAGUGGUAGCAUUUCAUAAUUUUUCAAAAUUUCAGGUCACUUGAGUUUGACACUUUAACUGUACAAGCAAAAACCACAUAUUACUUGAUGUUUAACAAUGGCAGAGCUCUACUUAAUGUGAUUGCAACAUUUAUGCUCAA